UCCUGCGCCGCGACGGUGGCAACCAACGUCUCCUUCCCGGGCAGAGUGCGAUUGUUGAAAAAAAAACAGGAAGGGCGCGAGCUGCCUUUCUGGCCGGAGCGAGAGUCAUCUCGUCGCGGCUGCAGACUCUUUGUUGGAUGUGUGCCGCGGAUGACAAGCGUCCAGCCCCGUCGCAACAACAGCAGCAGCAGCAGCGGCAACAGCGGCAGUGUGUUUAUCAUCGCAGCGGCCGAGGGGAACGAAGUGAACCGGUGGAAGGAGAGAGUGAGAGAGUGUGUGUGUGUGUGAGGGAGAGAGAGAGAGAAAGGAUUUACGGACACCGACCAAGCAUGGCUACCCAAACGACAGCAUCAUGCACUGGAUCCACUCUGUUGCAGCCAAUCAGCGAAAUUAUCAAUCUCCCCCUUGACCAGGUAAACUUUGUGGCGUGUCAGCUGUUCGCCCUGCUGAUGGCUGUGUGGUUUCGGAUCUACCUCCACCCCAGUAAGACCAGUCCUUUCAUCAGACAUGUGGUGGCCACUCUGCUGGGCUUCUACUUGGCUCUCUUCUGCUUUGGCUGGUACUCUCUCCAUUUCCUGGUGCAGAGCGGUCUGUCCUACAGCGUCAUGGUCUUCGCCGGCCUGGAGCACAUGCACAAGUACUGCUUCAUCGUGACGCUCAGCUAUCUGAUAUUGUGUCAGAUCACGCGGGUCUACGUGUUCGACUACGGCAUGUACUCUGCAGAUUUUACAGGCCCCAUGAUGGUGAUAACACAGAAGAUUACCAGCUUGGCGUUUGAAAUACACGAUGGUUUGACCAAGCGCGAUGCACAGCUGACCCCCACUCAGAAAUACCUAGCUAUCAGGCGGAUGCCGAGCUUGCUGGAGUACCUGAGCUACAACUGUAACUUCAUGGGCAUCCUGGCAGGCCCCACCUGCUCUUACAACGACUACAAGGCCUUCAUCGAGGGCACGGGCUACCAGCCACGCCACCAGGAGAACGCCAACGGCAAGGAGAACGGGAAGUACAAGCAGAGCGAACCCUCGCCCAAGAAUGACGUCAUCUCCAAGCUGUGCACAUGUGCCGUCUCGCUGGCCAUCUAUCUGUCGCUGUGCAAGCUGCUCCCGGUGGAGCACGCCGUCGACGAUGACUUUGUCAGCUCCACGCCCUUCCAUCUUCAGGUCAUCUACCUUUACCUGGCCAUGCUGGCUCUGAGGCCAAAGUACUACUUUGUCUGGACACUCGCUGAUGCUAUCAACAACGCUGCCGGAUUCGGCUUCAAUGGAUACAACAAAGAUGGCUCCCCACGGUGGGACCUGAUAUCCAAUCUCAGAAUUUUGGAUAUUGAGUUUGCCACCAGCUUCAAGAGUUUCCUAGACAACUGGAAUAUCCAGACAGCUCUUUGGCUCAAAAGGGUAUGCUAUGAGCGCUGUGCCAUCAACCCCACUGCUGCCACCUUCCUGCUGUCGGCCAUGUGGCACGGGGUGUACCCCGGCUACUACCUGACCUUCCUCACUGGCAUCGCCAUGACCAUGGCUGCGCGGGCAGUAAGACACAACAUCAGACCGUACUUCCUGGUCUCUGACUCGUACAAGAACGUCUAUGAUGUCGUCACGUGGGCAUCGACCCAGAUCGCCAUUAGCUACACAGUGGCGCCGUUCGUCCUACUCGCCGUGGGACCCUCACUCAAAUUCUACAGGUCCUGGUACUUCUGCCUACACCUCCUGUGUCUCCUGACGGUACUGGUCCUACCCGUCAAAUCGAGACGCAGGCAGGCCAAAGAGCAGCAGGACGGCCCACAGAAGGACGGCCUACAGGACAACCAGACGGACCACAAUAGCACAGACAACAACUGCAACCAGAAAGACAAAGCCACAUGAGGCUCGGAAACGGCGACGCAGCAGCAGCAGAAAACACUUGAGACGAACUAGAAACCACUGAGAGCCGGAGUGUGGCGGGUCCGUUUACCUGACGAAGAACCAAAUAUCGGACGCUCUGAAAAAUCCUAACAGACAGAAAAACACGAGUCCAACGCUCUGUCAAAACUUCCAGUAGCAAGGAUGACAGCAAUCACACUUCUAACACGGAAAUACGAGACCUGGAUGUAACAAUGGCCAUGGUGUAAACUAAUGAGUGAUAGUGGUUACUUUACAUUACAUUAGCGGAAACGAAGACUUCCAAGCUGCCUUAAACCCUCUAUGUACUCGUGUGGUGAAAUAAAAAAGUCGGAUCGGCACACUGCAAGAAACCAUUGUGGUGUCAGGUUGCGCAAACAAGUGCAGUAUGUGGAGGGUUUUUGUCAUUGUCUGGAUACAAGCCUCUGUUAGGUCGCAACGGAAAAAUGUGUUCAUGUAAAAGAAACAUAACCUUUAUCAUCAGCUGCCAACUUCAAACAGGCCUUAGGAUUCUCAAAAACAUUGUUUGGUUUCUAUGUCUUUUUUAAAAUCUUUAUUGGAGAAGAAAUUCACAUUGUACGUGUUUUGUAUUUAGAUGUUUGUGACAACACUAUCUGAAAUCCAUUCUCCUGCUUGUUUUUUUUUUUUUUCUUUCUUUUUCUUUUUUUUUUUUUCUUUCCCUGGGAUGAUUUAACUUUGCCUGACAUAAGUGAGGCCCGAAGUGGAAUUCAGAUCUCGUCCGGCUCCAGCAGUGGAAAGUCUAUACAAGGCACUCAAGAGUUAAUAAAUGGAUUUUUGUUUCUUUUUUUAAAAAUAUUUUUCAUAUCUGCUGCUUUUUCUUUUCGACAGACCCAUCAGAUAAAUGUGUGUUGCAAAGGGAGUUUGUUUUUUGUUUUUUAUUUCACCCUGGCGUGAUUUUUAGAUUUUUAUUUUUCUUAAGGAUUUCUAACAUGGGGUUCGGGUGUGUGACCUUUUUUUUUUUCUGUCUUUUUUUUUUCUUUCUUUCUUUCUUAGUGUGUUCAGAUUUUUCAUGCAACGGGUUUCCUCUACGUUCAGAUGUCUGGCAGCAGUUAUUUAAGUAUCUGAAACUAUUUGAAACUAAAAAAUGAUUAAACAUAAUAAUCCAAUAAAGCUAAACUUGUACGCGCAGUCGAUUGCUAAUGUCACUGUUGAACACUAUUUAAUUCAUUGUCUCAAAUUCUACAAACGUUCCAGAUGACCACGUUUGCUGAAGACUUAUUUAAUUUAUACAAUUCUAAAAGCCAUAAUUAUUAGAAGCCAACUGAAUGUAAAAGAAAAAAGUUCCCAAUUUGAUGCACAUCGCCUUCUUUAGGCCGAAAUCUGUCACAGUUAUUUAUGUAAGCUACCUGACAUCAUACUAUUGUACAAUUCUCAAAGAUACAGACCAGCUGUUGUGUCGAUGGUCUUAUUUCAUAUUAUGUGCACUUAUGUUAGAAUAGGGGGUGUUUCAGGGUGCAUUUACUGUAAGGCGUAAGAGACACUGGAUCCCCGUGUUGUUAUGGUCCACGGCUCACCUUAAGCCUUUUUCAAAAAUCAGCCAGUUCACAGCACGCAGCAGCUCAAAAAAAAAAAAAAAAAAAAAAGCCACCCGUGUGAUUCCUUUGUUUCAUUAAACGCUCAAGAGGAUGUGGAAAUCCGUUGCAGAGGAGGCAAC